AUGAAUAAAAAGAAAUUAAAAAAUGCAUAUGCUGCUGAAGACUAUCCAAAGGAAGUCCUCGACAGGAGAAGAGAACUAUAUUCAAAACUUGAAGAAGAGAGAGAGAAAGGCAAAUACGCGUUCAUAAAAUAUGACAAACUAGUCAUCAAAGAGGGGAAACCAGGAAAUGAAAAGCGGAAAAGGGAAGCAUCAUCCUCGCCAAAUGUAACGGAACAGCCCCGCAAACAACAAUCAACAACAAAAACACAUCGAUUGAAUGCAUUUGAUGUAAUGAGAAAUAGAUGCAACUCUCUGUCUACUCCAAACUCACCAAAAAACUCAACAGAGGAUGAAAUUGAUAAAUUCUAUAAGGACCUUGAAUCUGCUCAUACUAUGUCUGAUGAGAAUGUUAUAGUGAUGGGGGACUUCAAUGCCAAAAUUGGCUGCCCCAAAUCGGAUCAUUACCCAGUCAUGGGCAAACAUGGCUAUGGAGUGCGCAAUGAAAGAGGAAAGAUCAUCAAACUAUCUCUAUAUCAAUCAUCUAAAUCGGUUCCUAAACGGUGCGGCCACUGCAACACGGCCAUCCUGCUCGUUGUCACGUCCCUGUGUUCGCUGUACGUGUACUCAACUCACCCACUGUGUACAUGUACACCGACCUGGAUAUUACUAAGAAUUAUAGAGAACAAUUUACAAGAGGCCUUGAAACUGGACAAAGGCAUGGGCUGCGAAAUACCGAAGCUGGACCCUUUUUCUAAGGAGGUCACAAAGUUUGACAAGAAGCUGCCAAAGAUCAAGUGCCAAGGGCAGGACUGGGUCAAAUGCUAUCACUCUAAAUGCCGAGUAAUGGACGCUAUAAAACACCUCUACGAAGACAUAAUAUGUACAUUCAGAGACAUUCUGUACCAGAGCGACCAUGAAUAUACAUUUGGACCUCCUAAAAAAGUGGGAGGAGAUGAGAUAUAUGAGUUGAAGGAGAGUGACCAUGUUAAGGUGCUAUGUGUUGGGAGCAAGAAAGGCAAUAACAUCAAAGCCGAAUACUGGUCCGGCAACAUACUAGGGUUCCGGCCCGUCUCACCGCUCCCCUCCCCCCCAGGGCGAGAGGACGCGUUCAACGUCGUCAUAUUUGGCUUCGACUCCACAUCCAGAAAUGGCUUCAUCAGGCGGAUGAAGAAAAGCUGGCAGGUGUUGAAGGAGUUAGGAUAUACUGUUAUGGAGGGGUACAACGUCGUAGGAGACGCCACGCCUUGGGCCCUCUUCCCCAUCCUCCUGGGCAAGACAGAGCUGGAACUACCCGACGUUAGAAUAGGCAAGGACAGCGGGAGUCUGCUGGAGUCCUUACCUUUCAUAUUCUACAAGUUGAAGCAGGACGGGUACCGCACAGCAUACUUCGAGGAUAUGCCAAAAAUCGGCACCUUCCAAUACCGCUUCACCGGCUUCCACCGCCAGCCCACUGACCACUACCUCCGUUCUUUCUACUUGGAAGAAUUCAUCAAGAGACCCUCCCCCUUCCAUUGGUUGACUGAUCGGACAAAGUACUAUUGUGUAGGAGACACACCACAGUUUAAAGUCAUGAUGAAUAUAACUGAGCAGUUCCUGGAGCUGGACGGCAAGCGUUUCAUCUUCACAUUCAUCGCGGACAUCACGCACGACGAAUUCAACCUUAUCGAGAACGCCGACGACGACACCGCUACGUUGCUGCAUAGCCUCAUGUCAAAGGCUGAAGAUACGCUUAUAGUUGUCAUGGGAGACCACGGGAUAAGACACGCGAAAGUUCGUAACACGUUCCAAGGCAAGCUGGAGGAGCGCCUGCCGCUGCUGGCGCUGCGCCUCCCCGCGCGCCUGGCCCGCGCGCGCCCGCACGCGCAGCGCGCCCUGCAGCACAACGCGCGCGCGCUCACCACGCCGCACGACCUGCACAGCACCAUACUCGACGUGCUGGACAUGAGGCAGCAUUGGAACCCGUACAAAGUGCCGGGAGCAGAUUAUACUAGAGCGCUGACUAUGUUGGAAGCGAUCCCUCGCAAUCGCUCUUGUAGCGAGGCAGGCAUCGAGCCGCACUGGUGCGCUUGCCUCGCGUGGCAUAACGUGUCUACCAAUGACCCUUUAUACGAGAAAACUGCGCACGCUCUCCUCAACUACAUCAACUCGCUAGUCGCCACAGUCGGGGACCGCUGUAUCCCCCGAACCCUAACCUCGACGUCGUGGGUACUCCGUGCCAACAGACGGCUAGAGCUCAAGAAUGCUCAUGGCUUUGGCGGCAAGACUAAAGUAGCCAACGAGAACUAUCAGGUCAAGAUAAUAGUAGGCCCCGGACACGGCAUCUACGAGGCGUCGAUGACGUAUCUAGUCAACGAGGACAAGUUCAUGAUACACACGAGGGACAUAUCGAGGACUAACGCUUACAGGAGCGAGCCGGACUGCAUCAGCAAGACGCACCCGCACUUAGACCCGUACUGCUACUGCCGUUGAAUUGAAUCCGCCAUAAGAGAAACAUCUUAAGAGCCAAUUACAUCCACACUCGCUAUCGUCCGAUGUCAGGCCCGACGUCGGGCCCGAGCAAGAAUAUUUUUCCGUUCCUAUGUUGUUGUAUUUUGUGAUGAAAUAACUCGUCAUAUGAAUUUGUGUUUGUAAAUAUAUUGAUAUUACUAGUAAAGAAAAUUAUACAGAAAUACGGUGCAUACAAAA